ACCCGAUUCAAGGCGAACUUAGUCGAGUUCAGUGUUCCGUUAGAAAAAUUUAGGUGUGAAUUCGAUGCGCUUACGCUUGAAGUAAUCGCGAAGAAAAUUAAAAAAAAAUCGAAGAACAGUGUUAUACAUGAAACUACAAAUAUGAUCGCUGUGAGAUACACGAGGAAUUUAUUUUUGAGAUCGUUAUGUGUCGUUUAUCUGACUGCCUUUUUGUCGUUUUACAUUCAGAUUCCCGGUUUGUACGGAGAUAAUGGAGUCUUACCAGCCAGCUCGGUGCUAGAGAACAGCAAGCACAAGACCCUUUCUGCCAAGGUGCACUACCAGCCUACCCUGCUGUGGCUGGCACCUUAUUUGGGACUCGACACCAACUGUGCUCUUGAUGUGCUGGCACUUUUGGGGGCCUUUCUAGCUUUUACAGGGUUUAUUUCACAGAAAUUCUGUACCAUCCCCCUAUUUGCUGGGUUAUGGUCUCUUUACUUCUCGCUGUUCCAAGUUGGUCAAGUUUUUGUAACAAACGGAUAUGACGAAUUAUUGCUCGAAACUGGCUUUCUAGCAAUUUUCGUGGCUCCCCUGCUGCCAGGACGCAGAAAGGGCUCCCGAGACUCCCCCAGCGACUUGAUUACUCUCUGGCUAGUGCGAUGGCUCCUCUUCAGAUUUCUACUCACCACGGGCCUGACUAAGUUGAUGAGUGGCUGCCCCUCGUGGUGGAGCUUGAAAGCUUUGAGUCGUUAUUUCGAGGUGAUGCCGUUGCCGACCUCUUUGUCGUGGUACGCCCACCAUUUGCCAGAAUGGUUUCUCAAGGUCACUCAGGUUUUCACGAACGUUUGCGAGAUUGGUUUGCCUUUCUUGUUUUUCUUGCCCAUCAGGAGCGUCCGCAUAACUGGAUUCUUCCUACAGGCCUUUCUACAAAUAUGCAUCGCUCUAACUGGAAACUUUGGUUUCUCCAAUGUCUUGGUGAUGACUUUGCUGCUGUCCUUGUUGGACGACCAGCUUUUCUACAGGAGGAGAUCUUCGAGCACGUGGUCUUUGGUUGGGAAAAUGGUUAACGUCGUAGUGCAUGGGGUGUUGAUCUAUUGGGUCAUUCAACUCUAUUCGCUGAAACUCAAUAACGGCCAAAUUGAUUCUGACAUAGCAUUCACAAAGAGCCAAUUCGACAUGGUUCUCUCCCGAGCACUGACUUACACUAUAUACUUUGGCCUGGUGUCGCUGACCACCACAAUCCUGAGUGCUUUGUCUGCUGCCCUUUUUGACCAUCAAGGAAACAAACUGUUGGCUACCUUGUCAACCAUUUUUUAUGCUGCUAUUGCUUGUCUCAUCUUUUCUUCCAGCACCGUACCUUUGGCAUCGUUACAUUCCGCAUCCAACUCCACCGUCAAUCCGAUGGUUCGUUCAGCUUACAAUCGCCUCCACAAGCUACAUGCCGUCAAUCAGUACGGACUGUUCAACAAAAUGCCGGGGGUUUCCGGAAGGUCCGAAAUAGUUUUCGAAGGGGCCAAAGAAGCCGACGGCCCUUGGCAGGAAAUCAACUUUCUAUUCAAGCCUGGAAACGUAAACUCCACUCUACCGCAAGUCGCCCCACAUGCUCCUCAGCUCGACUGGCAAAUGUACUGGGCUGCNUUUCAAUGUUACAUCAUUAUUUGGAAUAUUGUAACGUAUAUGUUUCUGAAUAACUAUUUCCUGACGGUUCGUGACAUUCUUUCCAGAAAUCAAAACGGCUGGUGGACACGGCAGAAAGUUUCCGAGUAUAUGCCAGUCUUCUCCGAGGAUUCCCAGUUUUUGAACGACUACUUGAAAGCUAGAAACUUGUUACCAACUCUGUCUAAGGACAAGGUGAAUCCAGUGUGGAGACGAAUCCUGAUCACCAUCAGGUUCCUCAUGAUCCAUCUAGAAGCUACCUUGCUGCAUUGGUCUGUAAUCACGGCGGGUUUGGCAUUUAUUUGCACGUCAACGAGACCUCCUCUGCAAUACAAGCGUUAACGGGGAAGGGUUUGUCCGAAGACAGUGGAUGAUUGCAACCGAUUGUGUCUAGUUGGUUCCGGUUAUGUUUUGAACUGCUUAUUGAAUUGGCUUUGAAAUACUCGCGUACUGAUUAAUUUUUCAUGCUCAUUCGAACUGAUGACUGUCUCUGGGAGAACAUAUCAAUCAGGUUGUGGGGCUCUCCGUCUCCCAUUGGAUAUAUUUACCACUUCAAAUUAUUAAAAAUCAAAAUUUCAACAUUUAAUUUAAAAAAAUGGUGUCAGGUGUGUACUUUACUAGACACAAAAAUUGUUUGUUUUGAACACCUUCAUUUCGUAUGUUUUCAGUCAAAGCCCCAGUAUUUUUGUAUUUAUAUUGGUAGUUGUUAUAGCAAUCUUGCGUUUCAUGCACCUUUUCAUAGAUCUUAGCGUUGAAAUUACCCGUUGACUGAUAUUUUUCAUUGAUUUAUACGUUUAAAUGGUAGAUAUUGCAUCUUAGAUUUUUAUUAAAUACUUGCUGUAAAUAUCGAUCAUACUUCGUGUGAAGUUAUCUUGAUUUUUUCCUAUUUUCAUAGAUAUGUGGUUUUAUUGUGUGUGGUGUGAAAAUAUAUUUUCCGUCUUGCUGAAUAAAGAACUUCUUUCGUAUUUCAA